GUAAAGUUCCGAUCACGAAUUGAUGGCUGUUGAGGUCAAGUAGUGGUUUGUGUCGUGCGUGUUUGUGAGAGUGCAUGAGGUUAGGUGAAAAUGCAGCGUUUGUAGUAAGACUUCGGCUUCUAGAUAAUGCAGUCCAUUGUCUGGACUGGGAGACUUUUGUCUCGAGCGUUGUGGAAUGGCUUGUCGAAUUAUACGAACUGCGGUGAACAGAAUCUCAGCAGAAAACGUGAAUCCCGAAUAGUGUCUGCGGUGUGUGGUUUUCCAAAAGAACUUUCUCACGCCAAGUUUAGGAAAGGACAAUUUGGUGAUGAUGCGUACUUUACUGCAAAGUACAAGUCCGCGGAGGUUAUUGGUGUGGCGGACGGUGUUGGUGGUUGGAGGCAUUAUGGAAUCGAUCCGGGAGAGUUCUCAUCGUCACUGAUGCGUGCCUGUGAGCGGCUAGUCUGCAACGGCAGGUUUGCACCAUCUGAGCCAGCGGCGCUGCUUGCCAGCUCGUACUAUGAGCUGCUCGAAGACAAGCGGCCUGUGCUUGGUAGUACCACAGCGUGCGUGGUUGUGCUGAAUCGCGAGACACACAUGGCAUACACAGCGAACAUCGGAGACUCUGGGUUUGUUGUCGUACGCCGUGGACAGGUGGUGCACAGAUCUGAAGAACAGCAGCACUACUUCAAUACACCUUUCCAGCUGUCAAUGCCACCACCUGGCCACACUGGGCUUGUCCUCUCUGACAGGCCUGAAGCUGCAGAUACAUCCAAUUUUCCUGUUGAAGAUGGUGAUGUCAUCCUAUUGGCAACAGAUGGGGUUUUUGACAAUGUGCCUGACCAGUUACUGCUGGCAGAGUUGUGCAAGAUCCAAGGAGAAAGUGACCCACUGAAGAUUCAGGGUGUUGCAAAUUCCAUUGCUCUCAUGGCCCGUGCGCUAGCAUUUGAUAGUAAUUUCUUGUCACCAUUUGCCCAGAAUGCACGCCACAAUGGUAUUGAAGCAAUUGGUGGGAAGCCAGAUGAUAUAACAGUGCUCUUGGCAACAGUUACUAUAUGAACUAAUAUCAUUUAGGAUGGUGGUGUCCACUGCACUGAAACAUUUUGUCUUGUGCAUUCAGACACAUUAGGCAUGUUAUGUAGAAGUGUCUCAUUGUCAUGUUACAGUGUAGAAGUAAGUAGAAGUGGCAUUAGAUCAUUGAAGUGCUGAUUGCGAGAGGUGUUGAAUUCUGACACAGAUGAGUGGGUACUUCAUAUCUGAUGUGUAGAAUACUUGCUGACUGCUCUUUUGCAGAGACUGACAGUGGGUCCAGAGUAAUGGGUAAAACUGAUGCUCUUUAAUGGAAAGCUUCCUAGCAGUGCCUGUUGCAUUGUUUGUACUGUGUAGGGAGUGGAUGUUACAUUAAUUUUUGUCAUCUUUCAUUUUUAUAUUUAUACCCCUGCAUGGUUACAUAUUAAAGACAUUUUUGUGAAGA